UCAGUGUGGUGUGGCGCUGGUGUGACGGAAUCGAAGUUGUCUCCUUUUAAAGUGUUUAUUUUACGACAAAUUUAAUACAAAAUUUACCUUAGUAUUCUUAAAUUGUGAUCUAUUACUCUAAAUUAAAUUUAAAUCUAACUCGGAGUACAGUAAUAGUGGAAAUUAUUCGUUACGCACGAGUUUUUAAAGCCCCGCCUUCAUCAGAUGACAUCUGACCUCACCAGGUCGUCGAAGAAACCGCCAAGAUGUUGAUGGCAACGGUAAAUACCCUGAUACCGCGCAUCCGGUACCGAGGGAUCAGGCCGAACAUCGAGAACAUAGCCUUCAAACUACAUUACCAGCUGACGGUGACGCUGCUGAUUGCGUGCGUGAUCCUCGUGUGUGCGAGAGAGUUCUUCGGGGAUCACAUCAGAUGCCUGUCGGACCAGGGCGUGCCUGACCAUGUGAUACAGACGUAUUGCUUUUUCAUGGCUACGUUUACUAUUGUGCGUCACUACAACGAGAGCCUCCUUCAAGGCGGGUUCCUGCCGCAUCCCGGAGUGGGGCCCAUCUCCGAGAACGAUGAGACUCUGAACCACACGUAUUACCAGUGGGUGCCAUUUGUGCUGUUUAUCCAGUCCUUGUGCUUCUACAUGCCGCAUUACAUAUGGAAGAGGAAGGAAGGAGGCAGGAUAAAAGCCCUGGUGGAUGGGUUGCAGUACGCAGGGCUCGCGCUGCAGGACCAGGACAUGACUGUCAACGGCAUGUCGGUGCCGACGAAACAGUCGCUCGAGAAGAAACUGGACACCAUCAGGAAAGACAUCAUACUGAGGUUAAAGAUAUCCCGAACGUGGUCGACGUGGCUGGUGGCGAUGGAGGUGACGAACCUGCUCCACGUGAUGUUCCAGAUCUGGAUCAUCAACAUGUUCCUGAACGGCGCAUUCAUCUCGCUCGGGGCGCGGGUGCUGAACACCAGCGAGUGGAACCAUAUCGCUGAUCCGCUGGAGCUUGUGUUUCCGAAGGUGACGAAGUGCAUCUUCCACAAAUACGGUCCGAGCGGCUCGAUCCAGCAGCACGACGCGCUGUGCGUGAUGGCGCUCAACAUCAUCCACGAGAAGAUCUACACCAUACUAUGGUUCUGGUUGCUUUUCCUUUUCAUCGUCUCCGUGCUUGCGGUGAUCUGGCGCAUAAUCUCAUACUUUAUGUUCCGGCGCUCGCUGCGGUUCAACGAGAUGAUGUUCCGUCACGUGAGCAAGGCCAAGUUCAACCCGUACAACGUGAUCCGCGUCGUCAACGGCUGCGAGUUUGCUGACUGGCUGUUCCUGUACUAUCUAGCGAAGAAUAUGCAGGGAUUUGUCUUUCAAGCUCUAUUUACCCGCCUGGCUGAGGAGUUGGAAAAGCGAGAGCUGCCCUUCGAGAACGAAGGCACAGAAAAGAAAGGAGCGGAACCAGUGCUGGUCGGACGAGUGGACAUUGACGAUGAGACACUGCCUUUGAAGGGUGACAAGAAGUCUUCAUGAGGAUCUAUGUAAUGUUUUUGGUUAUUGUAUAAGACAUUAAACAGGGUUGAUGCACUGGUUUACUAUCAAGUGCAUUAAGUAAUUGUCCUGCCAGUAUAUUCGACAAAGUAUUAUUUGAAGUAAAUUUUUGUUGGUUUCUAGUGUUUUAUCGUGUUAAAGAUAUACCCAAAUAUGAAUGUACGGAUACUGCACAGAACGCAAUGGCGAUGAAUUCUUUUGUAUAUUGUAUUCAGGGUUAUUACUAUUAUGAGAAAAGAGCGACGCAGUAUUUUUAGUGUUCACUUCUAAAGUGAUCUUGCUGUUGUCACAGUGGCAGCUAUUAGUUUGUCAUUUUAAUCAGUAAUAGCUUCAGGUAGUAUAAAAAGCCAGUACUUAGAAAUUUUGCUGUUCACAAUACUUACUUGUGAGAGGGUUAUCUAAGCAGGGCUUAACAGUAGAUGAAAUAUGACAUACAUUGUCGAUGGCUUUAGUUUAUUAACGGAUACUCGAUUUGUUUUAUGUCAGUGUGAAUGAAAUAGCAUUUAUUUAUACCUUUAUUCUGUAGUUAUUUGAAUAUAGUAACAUCUAUAUCUUAGUUAGAAAGUGCAAUAACUCGGAAGUAGGUUUUUACAAAAUAAAACUAAUGAAAAUUAUAAAACUUGUACCAAUGUAUUUUAACAAUUAAUUGAAUAAAAUCAAAUUUAAUAUAUACAUUAAUUUUAUCGAUUGUGAAUAUAAAUACGUUGCUAAAGAUCGCAAAUAUGUGAUCCUGUAUGUUUAUAUUCAUUUACCAAUUUUCUUUUAAUUGAGACAUCGAAUGAUUAUGUGCAUGAUUCUGAAAUCGAAUUACGUAACUUCGGAAAUAAAUAUAGUUAUAAGUUUUUUUAAUGAUAAAUAAAUUUAUAGCUUUAAAUUUAUGAGGUUCUUACUUUCAUAGUCAAAGUUAAAAUCCGAACGAGGCUUAUUGGCACCUACAUUAGCUAAUUGUCGAGGCUUUGGCUUAUGAUUUCUUAAUCAUAAAUAGUUCACAAGGCCUUUGUCCAGCAGUUAUAUUUAGCUUAGUAAACGUUUUACAGCAUUUUCGAGUUUCCCUAUUCGUUUAUGAGAUUCGUAUACUCUCUCCCUGUUCACCUUCGUCCCUUCUCUUCCUUUCUCAGAGCGAUUGCAGUACAACUUCUAGAUGUUGAGAGUACACCUUGAUAAUUGUAAAACAUUUUGUACUUAAGUAAUACAUACUAAUUAAGAUUAUUGUUAAUAUUAAGUGCCUUACUAUGAUUUGCUCAAGCCAUACAUUUUUUAAGUAUUUUACAAGCAAUAUUUUUCUAGUCGUUAAUGUCAGUCUAGUCUGAGAUGCCAUGAUUUUAGACCAAAAGCUAACCGAAACGAGGUUUGUUCUAAUAGCUUCGAAAAGUAUUAUUUUAUUAUUUCAAGAAGCACUAAAAUGCACUUUAAAAUUGGUAUUCUAUCAAGAACCAAAACCAUUUGUAGUUUUUUUUGGCUUUAAUAUUCAGGUAUCGCAUGCUAGAUCGCACCUAUAUUAAUAAAUAGACAGAUGGACUCGUUUUGUGGCUUUUUUACUCGAGUAUCGUUGCCUUAUUUGUGUUUACGUUAAGUUUGUGAAUAAAACUAUGUUUUGUUA